ACUUCCCCACAGAGAGACAGACUCAGAAUAAGAGGAGCGACAGGAAAGCUUCGCACACAUGUCUUUUAUUUCUCUUUAAAUCCAAAUCCAUCGCAGCAGCAGCUGUUUGGGACUUUGUGAUGCUUUCACAGAGAGUCUGGCUCCAAACAGAGAGUCGUCUGGUCUGGCCGUCCGUCCUGACAUAGCAAGUAAUGCUCGCAUGACUGUCUUUAUUUCCUUCCUUCUAUCAGUGUCUGUUCACAUCAGCAUUCUUCGGACGCACGUCAUUUUUGUGUGAAUGACCGCAGCCAUAGUAGUCCCUUCUCUCCGGGACAUGGCACCAGUGGAGAAGAAGAGACUUUGUGCAGAUGAGUUUACUGCCAUGAAGCCAUCCACGACUCCUCUGACCGGUGACAAAAUAAAGGAAAUGGCAGCACGGUCCAAGAGCAUGGUUCUUGGGGAGUUGUCACGUGUGUCCAGGCCCUGCUCUCCUCUGGAUCAGGAGAAAGCUCUGAAGGCUGGCUGGUUGAAGAGACAGCGAAGCAUCAUGAAAAACUGGCAGCUGCGUUGGUUUGUCUUGAGGACUGAAGCGUUGUAUUUCUACAAGGACCAGGAUGAAACUAAGGCACAGGGUUGUAUUCCUCUUCAGGGCAGUCAGGUCAAUGAGCUGCCUGCCAAUCAGGACGAGCCUGGUCGACACCCGUUUGAGAUCGUUCCAGGAGGGGCUGGAGACAAGGACCGGACAGGUAUAAGCCAUGAGUCUUACCUGCUGAUGGCCAACUCUCAGAGUGACAUGGAGGAAUGGGUCAGAGCGAUACGCAGAGUCAUAUGGGCCCCACUUGGUGGAGGUGUCUUCGGGCAGCACCUCGAGGAGACUAUGUUGUACGAGGCCCAGUGUGGCGCUCAGCGACAGGUCCCUGUGCUGGUCGAACAGUGUGUCUGCUUCACGCGGGAUCAUGGGCUCCAGGAGGAGGGACUUUUCAGGGCCCCUGGACAGACCAAUCAUGUUCGAGAGCUGCAGGAUGCGUUUGACCGAGGCGAGAAGCCAGUGUUUGACAGUACCACGGAUGUCCACACAGUGGCAUCACUGUUAAAGCUGUACAUUCGGGAGCUGCCAGAGCCAAUAAUCCCAUUCUCCAAAUACACACAGUUUCUCUCCUGUGCUCAGCUUCUCACCAAGGAUAAAGCUAUGGGUAUCUCAGAGCUUUGCAAACAGGUGAAAUCCCUUCCUCAGGUCAACUAUAACCUCCUCAAAUACAUCUGCAGGUUUCUGGAUGAGGUUCAGUCGCACUCAAAUGAGAAUAAGAUGAGCGUUCAGAAUCUGGCCACCGUGUUUGGACCCAAUAUCCUUCGGCCCAGAGUGGAGGACCCAGUCACCAUGAUGGAGGGAAGUACUCAGGUACAGCAUCUGAUGACUGUGCUGAUCAGUGAACACACCCAGCUGUACCAACAAGAGGAGGCUGAAACAGCAACCAAGGCUCCCUCACUGCAGCAGACUGCGCUCCAGCGGUGCAAAGUGGAAUGGGUCUCCCAAGAGGACACCAACGCCCCACCCUCCUCAGGCACAGGCUCCAAACCCUCCCAGGACAAAGCCCAAACGCCCACACCUUCUACCACGCCCACACCUUCUACAGACACUAAACCAACUGCACCGAGUCCCGUUACAACAUCAGAGAAGGUUGAGGAUUGUCAGACUGAAGUGAAGGGUAAAAGUAAGACAGAGGAGGAAGUGGACGGGAAAGAGGAUAGCAAAAGUGAAGGGAAAGGUGGAAGUGAUUUAGCUGUUAGCCCCAGUAAGCAGUCUAAAGCCCUGCCCUCCUGGAGGACCUCCUUCAAGGGCGGUGCAGCAUCUACAGGGCCAAGGGGGAAAAUUGGGGGUUCAGCAGGAGAUGUGUCUGCAGCUGGUGGGGGCCACUGGCUAAUUAAUGGCUUGUCAUCCCUCCGAGCUCACAGGCGCACCACCUCAUCAGGAGAAAGACUAAAAGACUCGACUCUGUCUCUUAAGGACUCCACCCUCUCUCUUAAAGAGACUACUCUCUCACUUAAGGACUCACCGAGAGACUCUGAUGAGGACUCCCCUCAGACAUCGCUGGCUCACAGAGCCAUCCUCCAAUCCCACAGACUGUCUGCCUAUGACAACGUCGCCCCCUCCAGUCUGAGCCUGCCUGCUGACACCUCCCCCAUCUGGACGUCCUUUGAGAUUUCGUUGGCUGAGCCUGAGGCGAGUGAUAAGGCGGUAAAAUCAGGACAGGGUCAAGAAAAACCCACAGAGGUGAGGGACAGUUCGAGUACUCUGGAUCACAGUGCAAGUGGUACUGAGGAUGAUCUCCCAGGAACAAAUGAAGGUCUCACCAACAAGCUAACCCAGCUCAAGCAAGAGCUGAAGAGGCAGAGGACGAGCUAUGAAACCUGCAUCCGCAAGUUGGAGGAGUCCUGCUCCAAGUACCAGUCCCAGGUAAACCGCCUUGAGGAGGAACUGGACCAAGAGAAGAAGAAGUUUCAAAUGCUGGAGAUCCGGCUCAGGAACUCGGAGCGAGCGCAUCAAGAUGCAGAGAACCGAAACAUUCUCCUCCAGCGAGAGAUGGAAGAGUUCUUCAAAACCCUCGGGGAUCUGACCACAGGAGCAGCAAGGACCAACUAGCCCAAACCAACCUGCCUUCAUCUGGUCCAUUAGGGGAGGAAGAGGAGGAGCUUGAUUACUGGGAAGACCAGCCAGCCCCAAAGCUUUGAAGACCAAAUACCUCUAGUGCAGUCCAACUUACCACCGUGUCCUCUAAGUACAGCCGUCUUGUGCCUACACUGAGCAGUGCCGGUGCCAAACAAGAGCUCCUCUGGACCAAACACCCCUCAAUUUACCAUUCCUCUAAUACUAUCAUGCACCAUAGAUCAUGUAGCUGAUUAUUUAUUGACUAGGUUGCUCUUUGACAGAGCAGAAAAGCUGAAUAUACAGUGCCUUGCAUAUGUAUUCACACUCAUUCAACUUUGCCUUAUGUUUACGUUUCAAAUGCAAAGUAAAAUGCAUUUUAUUGGGGUUGUAUGAAAUGGAUCGAAAUUAGUCCAUAACGUUGAUAUUCUAAAGUAUGAAAUGCUCCUCUGUGACAUUAAUAAGAUCAGGUUCAACUAAUUGCCUUCAAGAUGGCUUUGAUUGUUAGACAAAUGGUAAAGAGCCAAAAUAAGUCUGCUUGAAUUCCAGGUUAAACAUUGUAUAUUGAGGAGGUUGAAUACUUAUACAAGGCACAGUGUAUGUAUGAGGUAUCGAUGUACCAAACAUCCUGUUCAUUCCCCUUAGAACUGGUGUUGUGAAAAGAAAUGUUGUAGACAAAGAAACAACGAUGUGAGACAUUAAAAUUCAACUCUUUUAUUUGCUGGAGUUGAAGGUAGACAGUUUCCAUUUCUGAUGUAUAUAAUUAGUCUGUUAGUGAGGCAAUUUCAGACCCAAAGGCUAAAAUUUACACAACUGGCCUUAACAAAUCACACCACAACAGGUUAACUCUGUGCUGUCAGUGAUCGUCCAAACCAUCAGAAGACUGCAGCAUCAUCUCAGAAGUGCUGAAUGGCUUUCCUUUUUGUUUCCUCUAAAUGUACCUGCACUAAAACCAGAUUUUCUCAGAAAAAAAAACUCAUGCGUAGUCUAAUCUAUCUCUUCUGUUUUAGAGAGAUGGAGGAGAGGAAAAACACAAGAGGAGGCCACAACAUUGAUUUGAGAUGUGGCCCUGAUAGGGUUCAGGACAUGCGUCACAAUCCCCAAAGUGCAUUGUGGGAGCUGAUGCUAAGGGGGAGGGGAGGUUACUGCCUAUAGUGCCCAACCAUGAAAAAGGGCAAAGGGACAGGUUGGGAAUUUGAGCCAUCAAAUACAUCCAAAGGUUAUCGUUGCAGGUAGCAAAUGCCUUUUCCUGACUCUCAGAAAAUAUACAAACAUCUACAGUUAAAUGUACAGAUCAGUCACUGGCUAUACUAAUCUAAGAAUUAUAUUGCACAGAAAACAAACAGAAAAGAAACAAACUGCAUAUAAAUAGUACUUCUGAAUGAAAUGUACAUUACAUACAAUAGACGCCUCCUAGCUUGAAAUAAAUAAAUAAAUUAGAAAUACAGAAAAUAACUGGAGUUUUUUUCGCAUUUUUUUGAAUGAUGUGUGCCAUGAUAUACAUACUGUAUCGUCAAAAAACGUGUGCAUGUGUGAGGUAGAACUCAGAAAGACGCACCGCAGAAGUGAGGGGCAUCUGCCACAGAGAGGGCUGAAAAUCAUUGAACUGAGUAAGGGCACUUAAAUUAAAUAUCUUAAAUAUCAGACAGUUGUGAAUAAUGUCUGAAAGAACCUGCUGAAAGGGUAAAGUGACUUUUUUUAGACUGAAGCUGCAUUUCCACCACAGGAACUUUGACCAGGGACUUGGGACAAAGUUCCUGCUAGGAGUUACUAUGUGGGUUUCCACCACAAGGAGAAGAGUCUAAACAAAGUCUCAGGGAUUUUAUUUUACCCACCUAUUUCAAAAGGUUCCUACUUGUGGGUAGUACUUCCUGUAAGUGCAAGAACUUUAAGUGCCAACAUUUUGAUCUGUUAAAUACCAAACAGCAACCUCCAGUCUUGAAGCCAAUGCAGAGGUGCAGAGCUGCAGUUCCUCAAGUGUCCACUUGAGACUGGCUAAAAAAGCCACAUUUGUACAGCCUGGUAGAGAGCAGUUUUGUCCUCUAUAGCCCAAGUCUUCUGUUUUGAAGAUAUAAGGGCUGAGAGUUUUGCAAAUUUAGGCAUAAUUAGGGUCGUGGCUAUACUGAUUGACAGGCAGUUGCUAGAAACCUGCCUUGACUCCACACUUGUCCUCUUUAGGUUGACUGAAAGUUAAGUUGAGUCAGCAGUUCUUACAUGGCCACCACCAUCGUUCCGCUUUAUAACUUCUCUCUAGAAACUAAUGGGUUAGACUAUGUCCUUUUUUUAAGAAUAAUCAUUCACUCAUCAGCAGUUUAAUUUGCCUAUUCAUCAGGGGUUUUGACCUUGGUAGAAACACAAACAGUAUUUUGUCAGAGGAACUUUUUAAUCCCUUGAAAAGCAGGACUAAGAGUUCUCGUUACUUUCUGUGGAAACGCAGCUUUAGUCUCUGGUGACAGCCCCCAAAUACAGCACUCAAUAUAGCCAGUGGUGUGGCCUACAUUAACAUGUUACAGCGCUAACGGCAAUCAUUGGCUCCUCACUUAGCCACAUUUGUAGUCACUUACAUUCACCCUGUUCUUCCUCAUCCAACAAACCAUCACCUACAAAUUACAUCUAGUAAAUAAAAAAAGUGAAAUACAGUCAGUUUACAGUAUGCUAUAGUAGAAAAUAAGAAAUUCAGUGUCAGGGUUGUUAUAGACCAUUCGACUGCUUGUCAGGAUGCACACAAUCAGAGGUGACAUAAUACUAAGAAAUUUCUUGGAUACACCAAGGGGACACUUUCUACAAGAAAGAUGAGGAACAAUAUGAAAAUAAAGCCAUCCAUUUGCAUUUGGAUCCAAGAUGAAAUGUGUUAUAGUCUAUUGUUAAAUUGGUGUCAUUCAGAUGUCCCU